UGGUCCUUGCUUUCCAUUAACUCAUGUUGCCAACAAACUCUGACUGACAGACAGACAAACAGAAGACAAGAAAACAGUGUGUACUCGAGAAUUGAAAGAAAUCGAAUGAGAGAACAAGGAAAGACAACGAAGGAGAGGAAGAGAGAUCUAAAAUAGAGGUCACACACUGAAACGGAUCGAGCUCUUCUUCUUUGUUCGUUUGCAUGUGUAGUGGGUCUGUCUGUCCAAGAAGUAUCUCCAUUAGUCGCUGCUUUGCUUAAACCUUGUUACAACUUGAAAGCAAAAAAAAUCUGCAAAAAAGUAGUGGGACCCAUCACUGUUAACCUGCUGUUUAGAGAGCUAACACUUAACCAACCUAUAUAUUACAAUGGCUCCCAAAAAGAAGCCAUCACGCCCUAAAAAGUCUGUGGCUGAACCAACAACAGUUGAGAGCGGAGGGCUGGCUCCAGAGCCUGGUAUUAAAAAGAUAGAGGUUCCUCUUAAUGUUAUGCAGCUAAAUCGACUUAAUGGGGUUCCCAUGCCACCGCCCAUAAUAAGACCAGGGGAGAGAGGUUUUGGCCUGGGCAGCGAGCUCACUCGUCCUCUGCAUGGAUCUGCUCUUCUGGAGGAGCUGAGCCGGAUGAGACAGGAGCGAUUCCUCACUGACAUGGAACUGGCCUGCAAAACCAAGGCAUUUGAUGUUCACAAACUAGUUAUGUCCUCGGUCAGCCAGUACCUUCGUGAAGUCCUGGCCAAGGACCCCGGACUCAAAAGACUGGAGCUCCCGACCCUCUCACCUCUCGGGCUUGCCAAUGUGAUUACAUUUGCUUACCUGGGUCGUGUGCACAUGUCCCUGUACACAAUUGGCUGCACUGUAUCUGCAGCCACCACCCUUCAGAUCCCUCAUCUUCUCCAGAUGUGCAUGGAUUUCAUGAUGACCGAGCUGAACGCUCACACUUGUGUGUAUGUGUGGAACAUCGCUGCGGCAUAUGGCCUGAUGCCUGUCCGUGAGGCUGCCCGACGCUACAUCCUGGAGAAUUUUGCCCAGUUCUCUGAAACGACCCAGUUUAACCAGCUCACCCUUGAGCAGAUUACAUCUUUCCUACAAGACGACAACUUGGUUCUUCCCUCGGAGGUCACCACUUUUCAGGUGGCCAUGAAGUGGUUAGACUUUGACCCAAGCAGGCAAGAACAUGCUGCUGAACUUCUGUCUCACGUACGUUUGGAAACCAUCCCUGCCAGCGAGCUGGUCAGCGAGAUCCAGCCUGUGGCACGUAUGAUGCUAGAUCCUCAGUGUCACCGGCUGCUGGUGGAAGCCAUGAACUACCAUUUGCUGCCCUACCAGCAGAACGCACUCCAGUCACGUCGCACAAAGGUCAGGGGAAGCCAGAGCGCUCUGUUGACAAUCGGGGGUCGGCCUUCGCUGACUGAGCGCGCCUUAAGCCGAGAGGUGCUGUGGAGAGAUCCUAGAGAGGGAGUGGCCACAUGGCGUCAUCUGACUCAACUUCCAGCAAAAAGCUUCAACCAGUGUGUGGCUGUGAUGGAUGGAUACUUGUACGUGACUGGGGGAGAAGAUCAAAAUGAUGCUCGAAACCAAGCUAAACAUGCAGUCGGCACCUUAAGCAGAUAUGAUCCUCGCUUCAACACUUGGCUACAUCUCACCAGCAUGCGCCAGCGACGUACCCAUUUCAGUUUGGUGGCCACCGGUGGGCGGCUGUAUGCCAUUGGUGGUCGCAACACUGAGGGUCUCCUAGCAACCAUCGAAAGCUACCAACCAACUACCAACAGUUGGCAGCUCCGUACUCCAAUGGAUAUUCCACGAUGCUGCCACGCCAGUGCUGUCCUGCCAUCUGGAGACAUCCUGGUAACCGGCGGCUAUGUUAAUUGUGCUUACUCUCGCUCUGUUAUCCGUUACAGCAUCGAUAGCGACACCUGGAGCGAGCAGGGAGAGCUUGAGACACCUCGUGGCUGGCACUGCUCUGCAACACUAGGGGGCAAGGUGUACGUAGUAGGUGGUAGCCAGCUUGGCCCCGGUGGCGUCCGCGUUGAUGUGAUGUCCGUUGAGGUUUUCUCCCCUGAAAGUAUGGAAUGGAGCAGAGCUGCCACUCUGCCACUGGGAGUGAGCACAGCUGGUCUGUCUCCACUCGGAGACCACCUGUACCUUCUGGGAGGAUGGAAUGAAGCAGAGAAGCGUUACAAGUCAGCGGUACAACGCUAUGACCCAGGCACUGACAGCUGGACAGCUGUGGAAGAUCUACCAGAACCAAUAGUGGGUGUGUCGUGCUGUGCCCUGCCCUUGCCUCCACGCCACGCAGUCCGCAGGCACCGCAACACCCCUUCCCAUGAAGAGCAGGGCAGUUUGGCUUUACAGCAUAAUACUGCUGGAGAAAAGAAAGCAUGAGGGGAAUGACAAAAAGCGAAAAGACAGGUUAAGAAGAUAGGAUUGAUAGAUGGGAGAAAUGAGGAAGCAAAAGAGAGAUGCGUACAGAUGAGAUGAAAAACUAGAGAGUAGAAAGUGAAGAGUGAUAGAAAGGACAAAUAUUAUGCACAUAAGUCUUUUAGUCUUGUUCUUAAACUCCAAAUAUUAAUUAAGACACAAAGGAAGUUGAAGGAAUUAGUACUACCUAGGGCCCACUUAUAAAGAAUGUGAAAGUAUUACAGGCUCUGGAGAAAGAAAAAUAAUCACCUUGUUUUUGUGAACGAUUGUGUUUUAGAAAUUGAGCCAUACAUUUCUAAUGUAUAAACAUGGAAUUGCCAUUCAUGUGUUUGUAUUUCAUAUUUAUUGCUUAUUUAAUCAAGUCAUAGAUAUCUCUAAAUCGUUUGAGCAAAUAUAGCAUAAGUUCUUCUGAUGAACUAAGGAUUGUACACUGUAAAAAGUGAAAGCUGGAUCUACUUAAAUUGGUAACACUUUAUAAGUUUGUUUUUUUCAGCUUAAAUUUUCAAAAGUGAGAAAUUUUAAGAUGAAAAAAUACUAUUUUAUAGGCGUUACCCACCAAAAAAAGACUGCAAUCAGUCUUUAUUUAUUACUUACUAAUAAUCAUGGUUACAUUUCUGAUUCGAUUCUCUGAAUCCUCUUUUGUUUUUCCAGGGUAACUGAUCACAUUUAUCUUUUAAUAUGUAAUGCAAUAAAAAGCAACAUUGUAAGAUGUAGAAAGUCUAUCCAUGUAUCCCUCCAUAGACCUGGAGAGCAUUUGGAUAAUAAUUAAAAUUAAAUAUAAAUUAAA